GCAGGCUCGAAGCUGAAUAGCGAGAGUGCGAGUUGCAUUCUACAGGGAGCAGGAGUGAAGGAGGAGCCUGAGAAGAUAGUGAAGUAUUUGAGCGGGAUAUCGGUAAGACUGGCGGUGAUGAAACUUCUGUCAAACUCCAGCAGGGGGGAUCUGGGGCUGGACGCUUGUCCUGGGGCAGUGAGCGGGGCAUGCGGAUGGUACAUGGUUGAGAGGGACAUGGGAGCGAAGGGAGCUGCGAAGGGAGCUGUGGAGAUGAUAUCGAACCAUCUCGUGAAGGAACUGAGGGAGCAGGUGGUGGAGAAGGUUUGGCACUUUGAGAAGCACAACCCGCGGGGGAUGGAGAUGCUGCAGGUGUCAAGAGUGAUCGACUCGUUCUUGGCGUUUUUGUGGGGUGUGCUGUAUCUUUCAGCGAUCGCACACUAUGCCUGGAUUGUGGUGUUUCUGCUUCAUGGAGCUUACUGCUUGAGAGACGGGCUGACGAUCGAGGAGAACACAAAGCACGUGUUCCUGGUGCUGGGAGUUCUUUCUUGGCUGAUUGUCAUCGUCAUUGUGGUCAGGUACUCGUUAUCCUAUCGGCAGACAUUCAAAGAGCUCCAUAUUGCAAUGGAAGGAUUCGAAAAGACCUGGGACAGGGUUGUGUCAAAGUCAUCAACCAAGUUGGAUGAAAUCAGCAAUGAAGUCCUGGUGAUCUCCCUGAAGCUCAAGGCGUGGACAACAAGGGAAGCGAGUUUGUGGGAAAGGUCAGGAAGCGGGGUGCAAGGAGAUGUGUACUUGAACAUCACAAGCAUCAAGAACAGGUAUGACCGCAAGUACGACUUUCAAUCUUGCGGGGGGUACAGGGAUCUUUGCGUGUGCUUUGAGGUGAGAGCAGGGGGGAAGAGGAGGAGAAGAAACGGAGUGGGGUGA